UUCACUAACCUGUUCUCAACAAUCUAAAGUUGGCUGCACUGCUACAUCAGAUCACAAGAUUCGUCUGCAACGAGGACAGCGCCUUCUCAUUAACCAUGGCAGACUCUACAAUAAAAUCCAUUAUUUCGUUACCAGACGAAAAAAUUGAUAUGCUUGCUGCCACGAGUGUACUCCAGCAACAGGCUACAGAAAUUAGAAAUCAGCGUGUGAAUUGGCAGUCAUACCUACAAUCGCAAAUGAUUUCUCAAGAGGACUAUAGUUUUAUAGUGGCAUUUGAUAAUGCCGAUGCUCAGGCUCGUGAGAAGCUACUGAAAGACAAUAGGAAUCAGGCUGCCAAGACAUUUUUGAACCUCCUGGGGCAUGUGUCAAAAGAUCAGACAAUUCAGUAUAUUUUAAUAAUGAUUGAUGACAUGUUGCAGGAAGAUCGAAAACGUGUUGAAAUAUUCCAUGAGCAUUGUGCCAAAAAGAAGGAAUCAGUGUGGGGGCCUUUCCUGAAUCUUCUCAACAGGCCUGAUGGUUUCAUAGUAAAUAUGACAUCAAGAAUUAUAGCAAAGAUUGCUUGCUGGAGCCAAGACUUAAUGGACAAGUCUGACUUGCAGUUCUACCUUGCAUGGUUGAAGGACCAGCUAAAACAGAAUAGUGAAGCGCUAAAGGAUGCGACUUUGCAUGCGACACCUGCAGCAGAGGAAUCUUCAUCUGGCACUGCUCCUGUUUCGACAGCUGAGCAUCCUGAGGAAAUUCGGAACAACGAGUAUAUGCAGUCAGUUGCUCGCUGUCUGCAAAUGAUGUUACGUAUUGAUGAGUACAGAUUUGCAUUUGUGUCUGUGGAUGGCAUUUCUACUCUUAUUGAUGUGCUGCAAGGAAGAGUAAACUUUCAAGUCCAGUACCAACUCAUCUUUUGUCUAUGGGUACUUACUUUCAACCCACUACUUGCUGAAAAAAUGAAUAAAUUCAAUGUAAUUCCUAUUUUGGCUGAUAUACUGAGUGAUUCAGUAAAGGAAAAAGUCACAAGAAUUAUACUGGCUGUAUUCAGGAAUCUUAUUGAAACGCCAGAAGACAGCCAAGUUUCAAAGGAACAUUGUAUUGCUAUGGUACAGUGUAAAGUGCUUAAGCAGUUGAGUAUCCUGGAACAAAGAAAACUUGAUGACGAAGAUAUAGUUGCUGACAUUGAAUUCCUCAAUGAGAAGCUUCAAGCAUCUGUGCAAGAUCUGAGUUCAUUUGAUGAGUAUGCCACAGAGGUGAAAUCAGGUCGGUUGGAGUGGAGUCCUGUCCAUAAAUCAGCAAAAUUUUGGCGUGAAAAUGCAGGCAGGCUCAAUGAAAAAAAUUAUGAAUUGCUUCGUAUAUUAAUUCAUCUGCUGGAAACCAGCAAAGAUCCAUUAGUGCUGAGUGUUGCUAGCUUUGACAUUGGUGAAUACGUGAGACACUACCCAAGAGGAAAACAUGUAAUUGAACAGUUGGGUGGUAAACAGUUGGUGAUGCAGUUACUUGGCCAUGAGGACCCAAAUGUUCGUUAUGAAGCUCUGCUCGCAGUACAGAAAUUGAUGGUUCAUAAUUGGGAAUACCUUGGAAGACAACUUGAGAAAGAACAGACACAAGGCACAAAGCCAACUACAAGCACUGCAUCAUUGUCAGUAAAAUCGUAGAACUACUACAUUUUUAUACAUUUAAAUGCCUUGGAUAUGCUGAUUACUAUUCAGGUGAUUGGGAUUUAAGGAAAGAAAUUUGAAUGUGGUGUUUAGAUUAUGGUGUAUUCAGUAUUAAUGCUCAGAAAUCUAGGCUAAAGAGCAUAUUGCAGUGUCUGAAUUUGUGUUGAACCUUAUUUACAUUCCAUUGGAAAUGUAAAGUAUUGUAUUAUAACAGCUAUUACACAGAUUUUUUAAAUUAUAUAUUGUAUAAUUUUAACUAAAGUUACAAAUAAAUAUGUAAAUAAAGCAUGUAGAUAUUGAAAUAUAAAAAUAAAUGUUGACAUAAAUAAAUCUCACCUGCCACAGGAAACAAAAUAUUUUGUAAUGAGUGGUUCUAUGUAGAGAAAUGUUUUUUUAUGGUGUAAUAGUUGAGUUUAUCAUCAUUUGUGUAUAAAACAUUGCUGCACAAAGGAAAAAUAAAACAAAAUUGUUUCAUCAACAUAAUUUUGAAGGAAUUAAGCAUAACCUUGAUAAUUUUAGUAUUUUUGUGUGACAAGCGUGGUAAUUUAGAGUAGCGAAUUGGUUUAUGUAAAC